GGCUUAGAAAUGUAGACACCACGCUGUGCAGCUCAAGACGCCUUUGUCGUCGGGUAUAAGUGUCGCUCUUCCUUAAUAGCAAUGCAAUCAUCGCAAUUUCAUCAAAUCUCUGCCUCAGGUUCAUCAGUCCGGCAUCAUGUCUCAGAUCUCAAAACCACGAGUUAUCCUCGGUCUGAUGACCAUGGGCCCUGAUGAGUCUGCCGGUGCCCGUAUCACAGACCUCGCCGAGUUCAAAAAGGCCUUGGACUACUUUCAGGCUCAAGGCUACAACGAAAUUGACACCGCCCGCAUCUAUGUCGGCGGUAAGCAGGAAGCGUUCACGAAAGAGGCGGGCUGGAAAGAGCGUGGUCUUAAGAUUGCAACCAAAUGGUUUCCCCUGCAACCCGGAGACCAUAAGGGAGCGACGGUCAAGGAACAGUUGAACAAGAGCUUGGCAGAACUGGGCACAGAUUCAGUGGACAUCUUCUAUCUACAUGCUGCUGAUAGGGCGGUUCCGUUCGAGGAAACUCUCAGAGCCGUAAAUGAUUUAUACAAAGAAAGCAAAUUCAAGCAACUCGGUCUCAGCAACUACACAGCCUACGAGGUCGCCGAGAUUGUGAUGACUUGCAAAGAGCAUGGGUGGGUCCGCCCAACCAUAUACCAAGCCAUCUACAAUGCCAUAAGUAAGCACCCCCCUUUCAAUCGACUCUGAUUUCCCCUAUCUUGACACGCGGGGCAUGGAAAAGGUGGCACACUAAUUAUAGAACAAGCUGUCUCGUGUGUACACUGGUCUGCCACUGCUUGGGUUGCUUCAAUAUAUUUUCAGGAAUUUAAAGAAGAUAGC